AUGGGCUGCUGUUCAUCUAGACCUUCGGAUGCUGCGAGUCCUCCAACUGGACGAGCCAGUGCCCCUCCUCAAGUACGGCAGUCGCCGCAGGACAUAACCUCCCAGACUGCUAUCAAUGGCGGCCCUCACGACAAUGACCCUCGCGCUCUAGCACCUCCCUCGGGACCCUCAAUACAUCGGAGCGAGACUUCUAGGUCGGCUCUUUCUACGCCGAGACAGUCGGUCAAUAACCAUCGCAGGUCGCGACAAGACCCUGCCUCCUUAACCGAGCAUUACAAUCUUCCUCUGCAAUCACCCAAGCCCUGGGUCAGCUCCGACAGAACAUGGACACGAGCACAACUUGAGAGGGAGAGGUACGAGUUCUUUGAAACCAGAGUUACCGGGCGUAAGGAGGUUUGGGCUGCAUUGAAACGGGUCAUUGAAUGUCUACAAGAAGGCGACAUGGCAGAUGCACAAGGCAUACUUGAUGCGCUGGGUGUGACGCUCCCCACGGGGCAAAUCGAGGUCGGUGCGUAUGACGAAGCUGGAAAUCUGUACAAAAUGCCCGUGGCCGUCAUCUCAGACCCGACCAAUAUUGUGGAAGACUCCAACGACAUCGAUAGCCAGACGGUAACGGGAACCAAUGAGAUCGAUGCCAUUGACGCCAAACUUGAAGCCGCAGAGGGUGGAAAUGCCAGCUUUGGUCAUGAUGACUCUAGCGGAGAAAAAGUCAAAGAAGCUAAAGGCAAAGCUGCGGUGGAGAAGGAUGCCAUGAAGGUCAAAUGUCGACUUAGUGAUCGUGGUGGUCCUGAUGUCAUAGUGCUCCUGGGGAGGACGCAGAGGGUUGGCGCACUGGGGCAAAGAAUUCGAGAUGAAACUGAGGUACCACCAAAGGCCAAAAUAAAAAUCGCCUACCUUGGUAAAAUCCUGGACGACAAGCUCACACUCAUGGAUCAGGGCUGGAAAGAAGGCCAUGUGGUGAAUGCGCUGAUUGUCGGCACAUACAAUUGA